AAUUUCAAUACACUUGAUGAAAUUCACGCUUGGAUUAAGGGACCAGAGAGAACUCCAUUUGAAGGUGGUUAUUUCAAAGUAAAGCUCAUGCUGGAUGAUGGAUUCCCACAGAAACCACCGAAAGGAUAUUUUGUAACGAAAAUCUUCCAUCCCAACGUAUCAGCAGCUGGUGAAAUUUGCGUGAAUACAUUAAAGAAAGAUUGGAAGCCUAACCUGGGAAUUGGACAUGUUCUAUUAACUAUUAAAUGCUUAUUGAUUGCACCUAAUCCAGAAUCAGCAUUGAACGAAGAAGCAGGUCGCCUCUUACUUGAACAAUACGAUGAUUAUGCAAACAAAGUAAGGUUUUACACUAAUCUCCAUGCGACCUUAGGGAUUAAGGAAUACACAGCACUUUACGAAGAGAGAUCAGCCGCUAAUGUGAGCAUUGAUUCAGCAUUACUCAAAGAAAAC